CUGAAGCGCAGCCGCGUUGCUGGUUACAGAGGUGGACUAGCGGUAGGGGGAGGAUGGAGAUGCGGAGUAACGGCUAACGACGGAUCGACUCUGGUGUUCCCCACUAAACGUUAACGGCGACGGUCCAUGACAGAGAUGUUUCGAGCCACAGAGCUGAAUACCAAACUGCCUUCUACCACCAAGAGAUAGCCAGUUAACUGGAUGGAGACCCAGGAGGAAUGACACACCGACAGUCGGAGAAAAUGCACCGGACCGGUGGAUACGUUCUUCUGGUCCUGGCGUCCCUCGUGGCCUCUCGCACCACUGGGGCCCUACUAUUGGGGGACGGGGACGGAAACAACACUGAGAACAUCAACGGGACAGACGCGGGAUUUGUCCCGGUUGUGUUCAGUAAAGUCAACCAGAUAAUUGCCCGCGAGGGGAGCUGCGCCGUGAUUGAUUGCAACGUCACCGGAGAGCCGCUCCCCAGUGUUCAGUGGUUCAACUCCCAUGGAGUGCGUCUGGACACGGAGAUAAAUGGGGAGAAGUGGGAGCUGCUGGACACCGGCGUCCUCAACAUCACCGGCAUCGAGUUCGCGGACCGCGGGAAGUACACCUGCAUGGCGUCCAACGUGCACGGCAGCUCCAACUGCACGGUGACCCUGCGCGUGGUCAUCACCAAAGGCGACAUGGGCGUGUACUACAUGGUGGUCUGCCUGGUCACCUUCACCAUCAUCAUGGCGCUGAACAUCACGCGCCUCUGCAUGAUGAGCAGCCACCUGAAGAAGACGGAGAAAGCCAUCAACGAGUUCUUCCGCACCGAGGGCGCCGAGAAGCUGCAGAAGGCCUUCGAGAUCGCCAAGCGCAUCCCCAUCAUCACCUCGGCCAAGACGCUGGAGCUGGCCAAGGUGACGCAGUUCAAGACCAUGGAGUUUGCGCGGUACAUCGAGGAGCUGGCGCGCAGCAUCCCGCUGCCGCCGCUCAUCAUGAACUGCCGCACCUUCAUGGACGAGAUCCUGGAGGUGGUGGGGGUGGAGGAGAUGAGGCACACCUUCGUGAGGCAGGCGCCCGAGGGGUUCCGCGACACGGUGAGCCGGGCCAUCGGGGGGAGGGACGUCUUCACCCUCCUGCAGGAGAGGGAGCUAGAGCAGGGGAGGGAGAGGGAACGCAGCGAGUCCCCCGCCGCCGACUCAGACAACUCCUCGGUCCAGGAGCAGCCGCAGCACAUCGCCAUCCAGGUGUCGGUGCACCCGCAGCUCGCCAUCACCAACUACUGCAGCAUCGAGGCCCCGGCUCCGCCCUCCUCGCCUCCUCCUCCUCCUUGCUCGCCUCCUCCUCCGCCCUCCUCCCCCCCGCCACCGCUCGACCACGAGGAGCAGCAGCUCGAGGAGGCGGCAGCGGAGGAGGAGGAGCCGGACGUCGAGCAGCCUGCGCCCGAACCGACAGAAGCAAAUAAUCCCCCCCCUCCCUGCCAGGUGUUUUAUGAGAGCCACGUGUGACGAGACCACCCGACCCCGGAGGAGCCACGAGUUUAUCCUGCUAUGCAGUUCCACUUGAAGACAACAACAAAAAAGGUCAACAAAACAUUUUUAAUUUCACAUUUUGGAGAGAAACAAUCACAUUUUUAUUCAUCUUUUUCCGAAGCGGAACAAAAACCUUUUCAGGCUGCUCAGAAUAAAUCAUAAGAUGUUCAGAGCCUCGAGCAGCUCGUUCACUCUAGACCAUCGUGCUUGAAUGUACUCGAGAGGUAAUCAAUAAUAUUAUAACGUAAUAAGCAGCAGUUUGUAAAGGGACAUUUCAUAGCUCAGACUAUUAUUUAAAGAACGAGGGUACUCGACUCAAACGGGGGAAAUGAUUCUUCAGCUUUCAGUUUCUUAAAGUUCUCGGGUUUUUAUGAUUAUGACACCAGAAAUCUGCCUCAAGCUGCUCUUCAUGAAAGCUUCCUUCAUCCGCUCAAAGAAUUCACUUCCAGCUACUGUUACAGCUGAUCCUCUGUUAUUGUGCAACAUCCUGCUCACAGAGAGGUGCAUGCUGGACUGGAAAAAACUAAAAGUUUGGUCACCAUUUCAUGAUUGUACAGCCUACUGUAUCUCUACAACAAGUAAGUAAGCCAGGUAAAUCUAUGUGUGUACAGUAUAUCUCCUGAUUGGGUCAAACACACCUCUGGGUAGAGUUGUCUGUUUCCUUUGAGUAUUAUUAUUAUUAUUACCCAUUGUGGUGUGAUUUAGUUCUCAGCUAGCUUAAGCAGUUUAAAAAAACAAACAGAUCAUUUGUCUUGUAGUAGCUUUCUUUUUCUCCGCCAUGUGCAGUUUUAGGUAUUUGUUUGUCUUGCUUCUGCAGAGGCUUCACAGUACAGUUGCAUUUGUGCUGCAUGUGUAGGUGGACAGACAGCGGGACUAAAGGACUCUCUCUUUCUUUGCUUGGCUAACGGUCCAGUCUGGUGGAGGAGGAGAUAAACUGGAUGCUGUUCUGCUUCUUCUGGUCCACUUGAGAUGGCUUCUUUUUUUUUUUGUAGUGGAAUAAAAUGCUGUGCUGUGUU